AUGACUGGAACAGGAAUUCUGAGCUCAGAUAUUACUGAUGAUGGAAUCGGAUGGUUUGGACAAGGUGUUACCGGGAGUUUGUUACGUGAGGCGUAUGAUAACGAACCUUGGGAUUCGGUGAAGGUGCAGGAACAGCGAUGUAAGGCGGUAGAUCGGAAGUUAUUGUUUCAAAUAUGUAUGGUAGAGAACGUAACUAAAUCUAAAUUAGCGCAAGUUGAUGAGUAUGGGGUACGACUUAAUCCUCGGAAGCAGAUGGUUGAUCGGAUGGGUUCAGCGAAGCACCAAGAUCUUGUUACCUCUGUGGAUGUAGAUGCGGAUGAUGAUAAUAAUGGGGAUAGGGGUACGGGCAUGAAAAGCAAUGGUGAUGGAGGGUGUUCCCCAUUGGCAACAGCGAAUGAAAGUUAUCAUGUCUAUAAAUUAACAGUUCAAGAUAAGACCGGGCAGUUGUUUUAUUUGAUGAAUUUGGAGCCCAUUGCUGCUUUUAAGGCGGCGAUGUUAGGGGGAAAGCUAAUUGUGUUACCGGGAGGGAUUUUUAACAGAGGGGUGUUUUUGGUUACUAAUUCGACGGUACAGAUGAUAUUUGGCCUCAUUCCUUCUUGGAAUAGUAAUAGGGAACAGAAACUUUGUGCGUAUCUGGAAUAUAAACUUGAAGAAGAACGCGAAAUGCAAUCUACACCUGGAAGGAAACGUUCAAGAAAAUAA